AUGUCGGAAACAUCAAAACCCAAGAUUGGCGGCGAUGGCUCUCAAGGCCCACCCCCUACCUACGACGAAGCAGUUGACAAAAUUGUUGACAAAACUGUUGACGAAACAACUAAUCCGAGCACUGCUAAUCAGAUUCAGCCAACCCCUGGUCCUGCUGGAAACGGAAAGCUUUUUUUUGACGCGCCUGGGGAAACUUCUAUCGUCUUGGGUUUUAUGCCUGAACCUAGCAUAGAUGAGCACCACCAGACGUGGUAUGGACAAAUGAACGUUAAGUGUGGCGAUGUGCCCCUUCUCAUGCGCGAGGGUUUCCACUGGACAGCUGCAAAUGUGGUCAGAGAACAAGGAUUUGUGGAACCUAUAGCGCGAAACCUGGUUAAUCGACUAGGAAAUCCCAACCGGCCAUGUACUGUUACAAGGGUUUGGAUCUUGCGAGAUUUGCAACAGCCACCGCGAUGGACUGCCUUCCUACAAAUCCAUGCUCAACAUUAUGAAGUCUUAUCUGGAAUUCGACUCGACAACUGGACCAUAGACAUGGUUCAGACUGCCAAGGCCUGGGGUCUUUCGAAAAAGUUAAUCUACCAAUUUGAUUCCUCGAAGCCCCGAUGCCAUUUCAACUGUAUUUACGACGAUAUGCCAUUAGAAGGGUGGUGGCCCUGGCCGAAAAGCGGUACUGAGAUUCAAGUUGGGUGUGGCUUCUCUAAGAAGGGAUGA